AUGAUGAUGAUGAAUCAAAAGAGAAUAUCUGCCGUUAGAUCAUUGAUGAAGAAUGUUAAUGGCAAGAAUUCCAUCAUCAUGAUGAAUAAGUGUUCCAAUAUGAUGUUGAUGAAGAAUAAUUAUCACUCGAGUUUGUAUCAAUCGAUGAAGGUUGUUCAUCCGGUUGAGAUUGCUGCUACACCAGAGAAUAAGGAUACUUCACUUCCAACUGCUGAGGAAAUUCAAUUUGUUGCUCCUAUUGAAGAUGGUGGUUUGUCGUCGACUGCUCAUGUUUCCUUCUAUGAUAUUGAAGAAGCCUUUGCAAGAAUUAAACCACUUUUACCUCCAACCCCACUGCAAGAAUCAGCUGUUUUAACACAAGAAAUAUUCGGACAACAAAAGAACGUUUUGCAUCCUAGAAAGGUCUUUUUGAAAUAUGAAAAUAAGCACAUGACUGGAAGUUUUAAGGAAAGAGGAGCUAUUAACAAGUUAGCUGCUUUGGAUACAGAACAAAGAAAGAGAGGUGUUGUUGCCUCAUCUGCUGGUAACCAUCCACUUUCUAAAGUGGCCGGAACAAAGAGAUAUGGAGCUGAAGUAGUAUUAUUCGGAGAAAGUGUCGAUGAUGCCUAUCAAGAAGCUUUGAGAAUUAAGGAGGCAGAAAAUAGAGUUCUCGUCCAUCCAUUCAACGAUGACGCCAUUAUUGCUGGCCAAGGAACAUUAGGUUUGGAACUUUUGGAACAAUCACCAUAUAUUGACACAAUCGUGUGUCCAAUUGGUGGAGGUGGUCUUAUCAGUGGUGUUGCCAUUGCUUGUAAGACUGUUAAUCCAAAGAUUAAGGUUUAUGGUGUUCAAACUGAAAAUGUUCCUUCCAUGGUUACUGCCAAAAAGAAUAGAAAAUCCACAACUGUUCCUUUCCAUGCUACCAUUGCUGAUGGUAUUGCUGUUAGAAGAAUUGGUGAUUUGACAUUCCCAAUUAUUGAUCAAUUUGUCGAUGAUAUUGUUACUGUCACGGAAAGUGAAAUUGCUCACGCUGUUCUCGUCCUUUUGGAAAGAGAAAAGACUCUCGUAGAAGGAGCUGGUGCUACUCCAGUUGCUGCCCUUUUGAGUGGAAAGUUAGAGGAAGUGACAAAGACAAGCAGUGGUUCUCAUCGUGUCUGUUGUAUACUUUCUGGAGGUAAUAUGGAUGUUGGUACUGUUAGAGAUAUUAUCGAUAGAGGUUUGGCACAAAGUGGUCGUUUAGUUCGUUUGAGAACUGUCGUUCCUGACGUUCCAGGUCAAUUAGCUAAGGUUUUGACACUUUUGGGAGAACUUAAAGUCAACAUUAGAGAAGUUGACCACGAAAGAAAUUACAAUGUUCCUGUUGGUUAUACUGGUACUGUUAUUACAUGCCAAACAAGAGGUUUUGAACACAUUGAAAAUGUCAAGAAUAGUCUCAUUCAACACGGUUUCAGUUUUGAAAUGAUUCAGUGUCAUGAUUAA